UGUUAUGUAUAUUGGCCUUUGCAUUUUCAAGCCGAGAAAGCUAUUGCACAAUCGUAGUCGAUUCAACUCCACACUUCAAACCAGCUUUUUCUGCUAAUUUAAGGUAAAUCUGGGAACUUUUCCUUUAUUUUGAUACUGUUUUACUUUUAUGCUUGCUCGCUUAUUGUUGCUAGAACAGAAUAGACAAUGAGUGAUCAUGUUUAUUAAGCAUUUACAUUCAAUUUUUAUUUAAAAAAAAGGGUGAAACUGAAUUGAAAAGGAAGAGCUUCCAUUUUCAUUACCUAAGUCAGGGUUAGAAACUAUUUCCAUUUUCAACUUAACGAAGUAGGUAAUUUGGAUGUAAAGUUCUAAUUUUUCUUUCAGAUUUCGAGAUUUUCAACGUGACCUCUUGUAUUGUGUUGUAUUGACAACAUGAUUUGGAUAUUGGGUUCUUGAGUUUUUAAUAUAUUUUCUCAAAUGAACAGACAAGUUUGUUUGGUGCACCUUUUUAUGUGAUGCCAUGUUUAAGUAAUUAGUUUGAUAGAAAGCUUAGUUGAUCAUGGCAGAAAUGGUGAGCUUCUGUGAUUUACCAAAGGAAAUAAUUGAGACAAUCAUGUUGUGGGUACCCGCCGAUUCUCUAGUACCUUGUAAAUCUGUGAACAAGUUCUGGUAUUCCCUUAUCUCGGCCUUCAUCAACAACCCGGAAUUUGUUGCCAAGCACCUCCUCUUUACCAAAAACCAGUCUUCUGCAUCCUUACUUUUCAGACGGCCUUACCCCCUUGUCGUUCAUAGCUUAAUCACAUACCCAAUGUUGACUAUAAAAUAUGAUGAUGAUGAUGAUGAUGGUAAGAACGAUCCUUUUAUAACUGUCACAGAAGCUCUCACUAUACCACUUAUUCGUAAUGAGAGUUGCCAAGACUUGAGUCGAUGGAAGGAGAUUUAUCACUGUGAUGGGCUCAUUUUGCUAGUAAACUAUCUUGGGACAAUGGUUUUAUGUAAUCCUGCUUUGAAAGAAUUUAGGAUUCUUCCACAACCAAAGAACAUUAUGAUUGAAGGGCCUUUUUUCAAAAUAGGAUUUGAACUUGAUUUUAAAAACAACGGUUACAAAUGUGUCGCCAUAUGGUGCAAAAACAUAUGCAAAGUUGAGGUAUACACAUUGGGUUCCGAUUCCUGGAGAGAGAUCAACAUGUCUCAAGACAUAAUGGAUGCUAUAGUAUCUGCUGAACUAAAAGAUGGUUUAUGUUGGGGAGGUGUUUGUUACUGGUUUGUGGUGUAUGAUGAUGAACUUAGAAAGAUCCUCAGUUUUAACAUGAGUAAUGAGGAAUUCCAUCUCAUACAUUUGCCAGAUUUUGAAGCUUCAUCCUUUGACUUAGGUUUUCGGGUUCGCCUUUCAGUGUGGAAGGAUUCAGUUGUGGUGUGUUUGACAUCUCAGGAGAACAUCCUUCAUAUCUUCACCAUGGAUGAAGCCGUAGCAGGUGCUUGUUCUUGGACCAAAUAUGUGGAGGUUGGACCAAUAGAAAAUUAUUGCCGUGUGUUACCAUUUUGGAAGAAUGAUGAGAUUAUAAUCAAAGUCUGGGAUGCUCCUAGAGUUGAAUUAAAGUUGGUCUCUUGCAACAUUUGUACCCAAAAAUUUAGAGAUGUUUUCUGUGAUGUAGGAUCAAUAUUAUAUUAUUCUGAUUGUUUCUAUGUAAAGAGUCUGAUUUCUAUCAGGAGGAGGUGAGGUGAAGUUCGAUCCAAUCAGAGAUUCCAAGUAAAAAGAAGGAUUCUCAAAGCUAUGGAAGAAAUUGAAAAUGGUAAUGGCCUCUUACUACCUUGUAUCUUUCUUCAUAACCUCUAGUGGUUAAACAUUUGUUAUUUUGAAGAAUGAUCUCAGCAUGUCUCAAGACUAAUCUCAUUGGAAGUGAAAAGAUAUGCUCGAUUAGAGUC